GGGGCCCGGAGGGGCCCGAUUUUCCCGCUCAGUCCCGCACCACAAAACGGCAACUCGCCGGUGCUGCGUCCACGCCGGCGCUGUUUUCGGUGGCGUUCAGCUCCGCCGCCAUGCUGCCCGCCUGCGGGAUACCUCUCCUGCUGUGUUUUAGGAGCAUGAUGGCUCUUUUGGGGGGAUCCACCUCGGAUGAACUCCCCAAACCUCCUCUUUGGCCCAUUUUUGGGGGAAUUUCCCCCCCAAAAUACAUCAUCUCACCACCCGUGUGCUCUUUUUCUUCACCCCUUUCUCCUCCUCAGCCUUGCCGCCUGUACGCUUUGAUCCCUUCCCCAAGAGCGGAUCCAUCCAAACCUCCUCGGUUUAAACCACCCGGCGGUGGUGGAUCCCUCCUGAUCCCCCCAUAAAUCCGGCAUCUCAUUCCGCUCCUCCAGAUUAACACCUCCAGGGGCUCCCGCGUGGCUGCGGCAGGUCAGGGCACCCUAAACCCCCCUCGCUGCUUUUGUCGUAGCUGUCGCACGCACAGAAAACAACAAAUGUCAUCAUCCUGAAUUCAUUUGCCACAGUGAAUCAGCAAGCACAAUGAAAAAGCCCCAAAAUUUGCUUUUUUUGGAGCUGGAGAAGCAUGUUUCCAACAAAAAUCCAGGAGAAAAAGCCCCCUGCGAGCCGUGCCCUGCCGUGUCCUCCCCCCAGCCCGCUCCGUGCCGUCCCUUCCUCCCCACGCUGGCAAUUCCCUCUUUUAAUGCCUGGAUUUGAGAGCAGGAGGGACUGGUGGCAGCGGAUUUAUUCUCCCUUCUGCUUGUGGGCGGCUUUUGGACCCUCCUGCCACUUCUCACCCGACUGUCUCAACCUGAAGGGAGCGGCUCUGCAGCCUCUUGGCCGAGAAACGAUCCGACUCCCGGGCACGCUCGCCUUUUUGGGAUGGGAGAGGAUAAUCCUGAGCCCCCUCUCAGUUUUCGGAGUUAUUUCUACGUUAUUUGGGGCGUUUAAACAAUUAUGGGAGCAUCUCGUCAGCGCCUGCCUCAGCAGGGAACAGAAAGUCAUUGGUUCUGCUCAGCUAAAUAACAGGUUUUGCUGGUUUGGGGGGGGGGUUUAGUGGAUUUUUUUAACUAAUGGGCUUAUUUACUCUGACUUGCCGUCCCCUUCACCCUUUUCUAGUUGUAAAAAUUCAACCAGCACCUUCAUCCCUUUGCUUUUCCGUGGGGGAUUCCUCGGCGUUGCUUUACCAGGGGGUCUGAUCCCGGUGCUCCGGCAUUACCCUUUGGGACCAUGUUAUUCCCUCCGUGGCAGUGAGACCAAAUCGUGCCGGCAGAUCCUCUGGGAAUUCCCUUCUCUGCACUUUGAGAGCUGGCUGGGAAGUGUGGCUGAGGAGCCGGAUUUCUUGGGAGCGCCUUUUCCUCGUUAACGGGCUGGAAGUGGUUAUUAAUUGUGUUUAGCUCGUUCACUUAUCACUCACCCCCUUGCCUUCCCUCGCAGUUGCCUGCUUGAGGCUCCUUCGCCCUCUGCACUCUGAUCCCGCCUGGGAAAACCCGGAAAAUCCCUUGGGAAGUCCCCAUUGUGUCACUGCUUGCCUGUAAUCCCGCAGCUUCUCAUCUGUUGGUUGCAGCCAGCGAGUGACACCAAAUUACACCUCUCGUCGCCACCGGUGGGCUUGGGUGGGCUUUGUGCCCAGGAUUUGUUGGUUCUUCCAGGUCUCCGGCACUUACUGCUCCUUGGGAAGCUUUGGCACACCACCUUCCCAGCCUGUAUCAUUCCUUUCUCCUGGGUUUUUUUUUAUUUUUAUUCUCUGGCAGCCGUUUCCCUGCUGGUGCCCGUGGGAUUCCCUUCAGGGGCGCCUUUUGGGGCGGUUUUAUGCCUGGUUUUGCGGCAGCUUCCUCGCCGGCUCAGUGGGAGCGUUCUCCUCUGCGUUCCUGACAUCCCCACUGCCUCCCACCAGGAUGCCUGCGGACAUGGAAAGUGAGACCUAAAUCGGAAUUCCACUGUUUACCACGAAGGGCUCCUUUUCGCUCUUGCCUGUGUGUCAGGCCUUCAUGGGCAGUGAUUUCAUGUGGGGUCUUGGGAGAAGGAUUGUGCUUUAGCCUUCUCCUCCGCUGGCUACACGGAUACGUGUGCGGUGUCCCAGAUGGGAGCAGCAAACCCAGCCCAGGGGACCCCCGAGGCGAAGCUCGGAGCCCGGCAUCUCUUGUUGAGCCGCACAACCGCCGAACCAAGCUCCAGAGGUAUCAGCAGGCUCGGACAGAGCUUGGAAAACCCUCAGCUUAAGAAAGGAGCGUUUGUUGGGAAGCAGAUCUGAAAAAACAGCCUGUUGGAUGCCUGGGAGCUGGGGGUCGAGUCCCUCCCUGCGUCCCCUGCCCGGGGCAGGGCUGACGGCUCCGUGUCCCGACGAAGGUUCACAUAGGCACCCGGGGACGCCGAGCAGCCUCCGAGGAGCUUUUCCAACCCCUGCCUGGAAGCUCAGUCCGGCCCUUGAGGGCUUGGGGACGCGGUUGAGGCCGGUCCCUUGGCACUUGCUCUGACCAGGGGGUGCCAUGGAAGGGCAGCCAUGUCCUCUGGCCUGCCAGCCUCCCUUCUCCCAGCGCCUCUCCCCCGUUUCCGAAGGAGAUGGGCCUGAAGGUGAAGAAGAGCAGGAGGAGGCUCAGGAGGAGGAGGAGGAGGAGGAUGCAGCCAGUAGAUGGCUAAGGGAAGGCUCACCGAAGCGGCUAGGACCAGCCUCUCCGCGCCGCUUGGGACAGUGCUGCUGUGGCCAGGGCGCUCUCGCCCCUCGGGGUGCUGGCAGCCCCUGCCAGAAGACUGAUGAGGAUGAGGGGGCUUUCCCGGCCCACCAGGCGCCAGGGGAGCAGCGGCCGUGCCGGCGGAAGCACCGGCUGUGCCUGAAACCCAAGGCGAGUCGGAUCCCCGCAUCCCCGGGCCGGGGGGAGAGUGCUGAAGAGCCGGGACCUUCCCAAGGGAAGAGGUUGCGCUUGAUCUGGGGCAGGACGGGGGGCUUCGUGGAGAACGGGCUGGAGGAGGUGCCGCGGAGUAGCGAGGAAGAGGAGGAAGAGAGAAGGUCUCGGUCCUGCUCCCCCGAGCUGCCCCUUGCCGACGAUGCCCGCCCCAAGCCGGACUUUGUGCAGCUGAUCGACGAGCGCGGCAUCUACUCCACGGCCAAGCUGGUGCUGGGCAGCGCGGUGGGCGAGCUGGAGGAGGUGGCGGCAGCGGGGCUGCCGGCCCACCCCAAGGUGGGCGAGCUGGAGAUCCGCGAGGUGAUCGUGGACGAGAAGCCCUUCCAGUGUGGCGUGUGCGAGAAAGCCUUCAAGCGAGCGUGGGAGCUCUUCAGCCACGAGGUGGUACACAACGAGGAGCGCCCCUUCCGCUGCGACCUCUGCCAGGCUUCCUUCAAACGCCACUCGGACUUCAAAAGCCACCGCCUGGUCCACACGGAGGAGCGCCCCUUCCGCUGCGAGCUCUGCGGCAAACGUUUCAAGCGUAGCUCCAACCUCCAAGAGCACCGGCGCAUCCACAGCGGUGAGCGCCCCUUCCGCUGCCCCCGCUGCGCCAAGAGCUUCAAGACCCCCUACGAGCUGCAGCGCCACGCGCUCACCCACUGCGCCGAGAAGCCCUUCAAGUGCGCCGACUGUGGCAAGGACUUCCCCACCUCCAACGCCCUCCUCCUCCACCAGCGCCAGCACUGCGAUGACAAACCCCACGUCUGCGGGGUCUGCGGGAAGAAGUUCACCUACGGGCACAGCCUCAAGGUGCACGAGCGGGUGCACACGGGCGACCGCCCCUUCGUCUGCCCACUCUGUGGCAAGGGCUUCAAGCAAUCCAACGCCCUCUCUUCCCACGAGCGGGUGCACACGGGCGAGCGCCCUUUCGUCUGCAAAACCUGUGGCAAAGCCUUCAAGCAGUCGUCCUACCUGGUGAUCCACGAGCGGGCGCACACAGGCGAGCGUCCCUACAAGUGCGAGGUGUGCGGGAAGGCUUUCGCCCGGCCCUCCUUGCUCCUCCAGCACCACCGCGUGCACAGCCAGGAGCGGCCCUACAAGUGCAGCUUCUGCCACAAGUUCUUCAAGGACCUGGCCUACCUGGCCGUGCACGAGAAGGUGCACACGGGCGAGACCCCUUACAAGUGCAGCGUCUGCGACAAGGGGUUUGCUCAUCCCUCCAACCUGCUGCAGCACCAACGCGUGCACCGCGAUGGCUGAGCGCACUCGGGGUGUUGCCGAGCCGCGGUGGCUCUAAGCCCCCCCGCCGCCACCGACAGCAGGCGUCAUGUGUAUGUGUGUCCAGGCUGGGGGAGCACCCCAGGGCCGGCAUGGACCCCUGGAAAGCCGCGGUGCUUUUCCUCAGCCCCAGCCCUUCGCCGAACCUGGAGCCAACACCGUCCUCUCCUCGCUCCAGUGGGGGCGAUCCCGGCAGGACCCUCCCCAGCCAUGUGGGAUGGGGCGACUGCAAGCCCCUGGCGGGCAUGCGGCAGCUCAUGGUGUGUCGUGGCUCAUGACACGCCGUGGUCAUGGCACGCGGCAGCUUGUGGCACGCGGUGGCUUGUGGCAUGCAGCGGCUCAUGGCACACGAUGGCUCAUGGCACACCACCGGCGGGCAGCCAGGAGCCCUCUUUGCCCUCCUGCAGGGAAAGGCGGGGGGGGCUGAGAGCCCCCCCUAAGUCAUCCUAGAAUCCCCCUCCCCAGUCAUCCCAGUGAAUGUGGCUCAGCCCGGACUGGAAGGCUCACAGGGAGCUGGGACAUGCCGCCGCCUGCGGUCGGGGAGAGACUUGCCUGUGUUUUUUUCUUUGAGUUGGGGGUGGCGAUGCGAUGACAGUACAGGUAGCGGAAAGGAUGAUGGGGAAGAGUGAGUGAGGAGCGGGCACCUCCCUUCCCCCCUGAAACCCAUUUGGGUUCACGCGUCCCGUCCAUAUCUCAUGCUGCUGCUAAUGACCCGGUUAAUCACCCCCUUUUCUUCCGCCCCAGGGCACUGGCAGGGCUGGUAGGGAGCAGAAGAAAACGGGGGGACAUGCUGCCACCGUCCACUUUGGGACCCCCAGCAAGUGACACCCGGCGCUGUAAGUUUUCCAUCCGCUCCUGGGACUUUCCAGGUAAGAACCUGGAUGGAAUAUGGGCAAAGUCAGACAUGACCGGCCCCCCUGCAUCAUCAUCAUCCUCCUCCUCCUCUCGCUUCCCGGAGCUACGUGCCGCUGCCAGAGCUUGGAUUUGUCCCCCUCCCCCAUCCUUGGCUGCUGGGCAGAGGGUGGCACGUGGACCUUUGCUCGCGAGGGUGAGACAAGAGCCCCCCCAUGCCGGUGUCCUUGUGCUGUCUCUCAGACUCCUGGAGAUCCUGGGUCCCCGUCCCCCCCUUUCCAUAUGGUCCCUGUAGCGCUGGGAACUGGGGGGUGGGGUGGGAAGCGCGUGCUCCUCGGCGCUCUGCACACUAAUUACAGGAUGGUUAUUUAACGACG